ACUACCCUUACUAGGAUUUAAAAUCUAUAAAAUUACCAGAUCCUUUCAUACACUUCUCUUCCCGUUCCGUUACUCGUUGCCGGUCACCGCCGACCGUCGUCACCGUCCCGGAAAACCCUAACGAGGAGUUUCGAUCGAAUCCACACUGGCCAAGCCAUGGAUGAACUCAAUAAUACCCAGAAAAUCGGAUUUGAUUUAGGAGCAUUUGUUGGAGACUUGUCUUUUGAAGAGGACUCAGGCAGUGAAGAUGUGUCAUUGGAAGGGCUUCAGCAAGAACUAGAAGAAUGUGAGAGUGAUGAAGUUGUUUCCAACAUACUCUGCAGUGGUGCAAAACUUAGGGACUAUGCAAAAGGGGUUGAAAACAAUCUGCGUAAGGUGGAAUUGGACUCGAUUCAGGAUUACAUUAUAGAAAGUGAUAACUUAGUCUCACUUCAUGACCAGAUUCGUGACUGUGACAGCAUCUUAUCACAAAUGGAAAGUCUCCUGAGUGGAUUUCAGGAAGAGAUUGGUUCUAUAAGCUCAGAUAUAAAGAUUCUACAAGAAAAAUCAAUGGACAUGGGUUUGAGACUGAAAAACCGAAGGGUGGCUGAAUCGAGACUAGCAAAAUUUGUGGAAGACAUUAUAGUUCCACCAAAGAUGAUAGAUAUAAUUGUUGAUGGAGAGGUAAACGAAGACUAUAUCAGAACACUUGAAAUUCUGAGUAAGAAGCUGAAGUUCAUUGAGAUGGAUCCUGUGGUCAAAUGUUCCAAAUCUCUAAGAGAUGUUGAGCCGGAGCUUGAGAAGCUCCGGCAAAAGGCCAUUUCAAAGGUGUAUGAUUUUAUUGUCCAGAAGCUUAUAGCCCUGAGGAAACCAAAAACAAACAUCCAGAUUCUUCAACAAAGCGUGUUGCUAAAGUACAAGUACAUCAUUUCCUUCCUCAAGGAACAUGGUAAGGAGGUGUUUAUGAAUGUCCGUGCAGCCUAUGUCGAUACUAUGAACAAGGUUUUAAGUGCUCAUUUUCGUGCUUAUAUUCAAGCACUUGAGAAACUACAGUUAGAUAUAGCUGAAUCAAGCGACUUGAUCGGCAUAGAGACUAGAAGCACUGGCCUCUUCUCAAUCGUAAGGGAGCCCAUGAAAAAUCGUUCUGCUGUCUUUGCAUUGGGUGAGAGAAUAAACAUUUUAAAGGAAAUUGAUCAACCUGCAUUGAUCCCGCACAUAGCUGAAGCCAGCUCUAUCAAAUAUCCCUACGAAGUGCUCUUCAGAAGCUUGCACAAGCUGCUUAUGGAUACAGCUACUUCUGAGUACAUAUUUUGUGAUGAUUUCUUUGGCGAAGAAUCCAUCUUUUAUGAGAUUUUUUCUGGUCCAUUUGGUGUCAUCGAUGAACAGUUCCAUUUAGUGCUUUCAAACUGCUAUGAUGCUAUUGGCCUAAUGCUUAUGAUACGCGUCAUACACCACCACCAGCUUGUCAUGACUCGAAGGAGGAUUCCUUGCUUGGAUUCAUAUCUAGACAAGGUUAAUCUCUGUUUAUGGCCUCGUUUCAAGUUGGUGUUUGACUUGCACCUCAGCAGUCUGCGUAAUGCUAAUGUGAAGACAUUAUGGGAAGAUGAUAUCCAUCCUCACUAUGUUAUGAGGCGCUAUGCUGAAUUCACAGCGUCACUUAUUCACCUGAAUGUUGAAUAUGGAGAUGGGCAGCUUGAUCUAAAUUUGGAGCGUUUGAGAAUGGCUGUCGACGACUUGAUUCUCAAGCUCGCAAAAUUGUUCCCAAAGCCAAAACAGCAAAUUGUUUUUCUUAUAAACAACUAUGAUAUGACGAUUGCUGUGCUUAAGGAAGCUGGUCAAGAUGGUGGGAAAAUCCAAAUGCAUUUCGAGGAAUUGCUAAAGAGUAACUCUUCGUUUUUUGUGGAAGAGUUGCUGGUGGAGCAUUUCAGUGAUCUAAUUAAAUUUGUGAAAAGCCGAGCCUCUGCGGAGGAUUCAAGUUCAAACCCAGAGAGGUCCAUAACGGUUGCUGAAGUAGAGCCGCUGGUGAAAGACUUCGGAAGCAGAUGGAAGAUGGCGAUAGAAAUGAUGCACAAAGAUAUCAUAACAUCGUUCAGCAAUUUCUUGUGCGGUAUGGAGAUCCUGAGGGCCGCCUUGACGCAACUCCUGCUGUAUUACACAAGACUCACAGACUGCAUUAAGAAGAUCGAUGGUGCGUCGUCUGCUCUAAACAAAGAUCUUGUCUCCAUUUCUUCCAUCAUGUUUGAGAUCAGGAAAUACUCUAAAACUUUCUAAAAAUACACCUUUGUGGAGAGAAGCAGUGUUAGGAGUCUCUCUACCAAAUGCUGCUUUUAAAAGUUAUGUAAAACGGGCUCAAUUUUGUUCUUUUUAUCUUCUUUCUUUCGAAACAGAAUCUGAAGCCAAAACUGGUACUGAUUUCUUUUAUAUGGUAGAAUGAAUCAUUUUCCGGAUUGUAGA